AUGGAUUUUGGAGAAAAUAGCAAGAAUGGCAAGGGAAAGGCAAACACUAAUAAAGCUGGGGCAUCAGGACUUAGGGCCAAACCUAUACAUUGGCCUCCAGUUUUAUCUGAGUUUGUCCUUGAUUGGUACAUUGAGAAGAAGAUGGAGAUGCCGCCAAAAACUGUUUUCAAGAAGGUACAUCACACUGCUUGUACAAAAGUAGUCAAUGGGAAAUAUGGAAGUACUUACACCGUGGAUCAAGUUCAUCGUCACUAUAGACGUCAUAAAGAGACUUGGUCACUUGUAGCACGCCAUAUGAAUGUGAGUGGUAAUGGUUGGGAUGAUGUCACAAAAACGUUUAGUCUCUUCAAAUCUGCUCUGGAUGAACUAUCGGUCAAUGAUCGUGGAAUUCUCACAAAACCUAUUCAGUUCUUUGGCAAGUUACAAGAGUUGUUUAGUGGAUCCUCAGCCGAUGGAACAUUUAUGCAUGAUCCUUCUACUGCUGCUGAUUCUGACAAUGAAUGUGAUACACAAGAGAGCAUAAAUGACAUGUCUGCCUAUGCUAAAACAAAGUGUCCUAAUGGAGAAGAUUCAGACAAGCUUGAGUUAGAUAGUGAUGAUUGUAAGGAGGUGGCAGCGGUCGCUGCAGCUAAUGUUGGCGAUCUGAAGCCUAACAAGAAGAAUUUCAAAAGGCCUGGAAAAGAAAAGACGUUACCGACGUCACAAUCAAACAAAAAAACCAAGUCCCCGGCUGCAGGACGUGAUGACAAUGAUAUGGAUGUCAUGCUUACUAGUACUCUGGUGGGGAUCAAGGAAAACCUUACAAAACCAAUACAAACCCUCCCCCCGCUAGAUCCGAAUGCUCCGCUUUGGAACAUGCUUAAGAAUGUUGCAUUGCCACCUGAUGAUAAGAUGGCAGUAGGAAUGUACCUUUGCAAGCCAGAAUUACAAGUUCAGCGCAAUUUCCUUAUGGCCAUGGGUGAAGAAUACCUUGAGCGCUGGGUGGUGAAUCAUUUUUCUCGGGAUGAUCUGGAUGCUAAUGGUCCUCCUGGUCAUGGUCUUGGUCAUGGUCCUACUAGCUUUUAA